AUGGAAAGGGAAAAAAACUUUCCGAAGGACUCUGAUUGGUUCGUUCAAAAAUAUGUUUCUGUGAUUGGCUUUUUUGGAAUGAACAAAGAGAUCGAUCCGAUGGAUCAGAUAGAUCAGAUGGAUCCGAGAUUAGAUGUAUCCGAUAUUUUUCAACUCGGUCAAGAGGUGAAAAACUACGAUGAAAUAAAAAAACGUUUGGCGCUUCAUAAAGAAAAAACUGGUAUCGAGCUUUCCACUGGCAGAUCUAGGUCUUUUGAGGUUUCAAAUGUCAAAAGACCUGAGGGAUGUCAACUAGAUUAUUAUGAAUACCAAUAUCACUGUCCAAUGCGUGGUAAAACAGCUGAAAAAAAUGCGAGGAUCCAAAAAACUGGUUGCGAAAUGCAUGCUAAAUACAAAGCAACCAAGCAAAAAGACGCUUACGUCCUUCACAGUUGCCACCCCAUACACGAUCACAGUUCUCCUACGAUUGUAACUCAGAACGUCACCCCUGCACCCAUAACAAUUGCUAGUGCUUCAACAACAACACUAUCACAAGAGAUCAUUGUAGUUAGUGAGAAGGAGCUUUCAACUAGCGGAUCGAAUGAAGACUCUAGUGAAUCUGCUUUAGAGAUUAUUACGCCACAAGAAGAACUGCUGGCAAACCAAUCUUUGCAGAAAUUGAAAGCGUGUCUUUUGAAGAGCAAAACCUUUGAUCCUCGCAUGGAGGCACUGACAGCCCUCAUCAACUAUUGGGAGGUUGAUCUUGAAGUGGAAAUCAAUCCAUGGUUUCCACUAGAAGAUGCUGAUUCUGAACCUGCCAUUGAAGCUCGUACUGAACCUGCCGCUGAAACUUCAUCUGAACCUCGCCCUGAACCUGCCGCUGGAACUUCAUCUGAACCUCGUACUGAACCUGCCGCUAAAACUUCAUCUGAACCUCGCCCUGAACCUGCCGCUGGAACUUCAUCUGAACCUCGUACUGAACCUGCCGCUGAAACUUCAUCUAAACCUCGCACUGAACCUGCCGCUAAAACUUCAUCUGAACCUCGCACUGAACCUGCCGCUAAAACUUCAUCUGAACCUCGCACUGAACCUGCCGCUGAAACUUCAUCUGAACCUCCUUCUGAUUUUGACUCUGAUCUCGAUUGUGAACUUGAUCCUGACUCUGAUCUAGAUAGUGAAUCUGAUCUCGAACCUGAAUCUGAUAAUAUCUCUAAAAUAGGCCAACAAUCAUGCAACAAAGUGUCUAUUAUCACUAAAUCAGGAAUUGUGUCUCAUUUUUCUGCCAACGACGAUGACGUAACUUUACCGACAAAAAUCACGACGAGGGGACGACCGACGGCCAAAAAACCAACAGCUAUUGGAACACCGAGACAAGAGGUGACAGUGCCAAAAAAUGCUAAAAAGCUUUCGUGUGAGUUGCGAAGUAGCAAACGAAAAUUGAUAGCUUUUGAGGAUUUGAGCGAUGAAGAAAAAGCAUCCGAAAUGCUUUCGUGGUUCAUACCAGAUGAUUUAAUCCUAAAUGUUGUGACAAAAAAACGUAAAAUAGAAUCUGCGAGUUUUAAUGUAGAUGAUAAAACUGUCACGGAUGCGAUUAAGAAUACAGACGACGAUGUCAUUCAAGCAUUGGAAAAAUUUUGUGAACCAACGGCAUACAAACGCUUGAAUGACAUCGUCGAAAAGAAAAGGAAAAGAAUUACAAUCAAGUGUGCGUGGGUAUACAACAAAAACGUUUCAAGUCGUAACGUGUUCAUUUUGUCGGCCCGACUGAGUACAUUGCCCUCGCCUCUCUCUCUUACACACGUCACGUAUACAAUCUUCGUUUCCAUCACUCUCGCGCCGGGCGCGGGGCGUCGUUCGUUCAGUACUCAUUGCCAAGGAGAAUGUAAAGGAGUUAGAGACGGAACU